GAAAAAAAUAACCCAAUUUGAUUUUCUCUUUCCCAUUCUAUAAAUAGAAGAUUCUCCUUUCUUCUUGUUAUUCUGCUCUUGAAACCCAUAACUCUGUUUUCUCUGCUCUACAGAGUUCCUACAGAGUUCAGAGACGAUCAAGAGAAAAUGCCUCUCAGAGGUUGAUGAGUUGCAAAUCUUUUGGAGCUCUGAGACUCUCAAUUUAUUUGGUUGCAGAGAAGAUUUUUCUUUGUUUCAGUAACGCGGAAGAUCAAUUACUAGGUGACUUUGAGAAAUCUGCUUUCAUUCAUGGAGGUCCUUUGUUUGGACCUCUAAAUAUGACAAUGUGUGUGAAGAUCGGCUAGCACUGUACGUGCCGCUCGAGAAUGUGAUUAAAUGUUGAACUGAAGAUUCAAUAGUGUAGGAAAUCUGGAAUUUCGGUAGGUGAAGCUUUCCCAAGUCAUGCACCGUGAGAUUGACGAAGCUUGUUUGGAAAUCUAGCGGAGAGUGAAAUGGGGAGGGGAGUAGUAGGGAUUUGCAUUGGAGGCUGUGUUUGAGAGUUCCUGUAUAACAUUAGGUACUUGUAAGGUCGGUGAGAAAGCAUUGUUGGUGAAUCCUGUGGGUUUUGAGUUAAUUUUAUGAAAUAGAAGGGUUUUUCCUUCGAACGAGUGAGCGUGGUAUGGCAGAGGAUGCAACAGAAGCACGGUCAUUGGCCCUGACCCCAACAUGGUCUGUAGCUACUGUGUUGACUAUCUUCAUUGCUGUUUCCUUGAUUGUGGAGCGCUCCAUUCACCGCUUAAGCCAUUGGUUGCAGAAAACGAAUCGGAAACCCCUAUAUGAAGCUUUGGAGAAAAUGAAAGAGGAGUUGAUGCUGCUGGGGUUAAUAUCUCUUCUUCUUACUGCUACCUCGAGAACGAUUUCAAAUAUUUGUAUGGAAACAAAGUUCUUUGACAGUAAAUUCUUUCCAUGCUCCAUAAGUGAGGUGGAAGCUUCUGAAGUUGAUAAUUCUACCCAUGAUCGUAAGCUGUACAUGGGUUCUGUUCUUCACCACUCAUCUGUUCUUCACCACUCAUUUAGGCGGAUGCUGAGCAGCUUGAAUCAGAAUACCUGUAAAAAGGGUCAUGAGCCAUUUGUUUCAUAUGAAGGCUUGGAGCAGCUGCACCGCUUCAUCUUUGUGAUGGCAAUAACUCAUGUAUCUUACAGCUGCUUAACAAUGCUUCUGGCAAUUGUAAAGGUCCAUUCUUGGAGGAAGUGGGAAGAUGAAGCUCAUAUGGACCAGCAUGCUUCAUUAACUGGAACUACAAGAGAAUCAGUAUUGCAAAGGCAAUCCACAUUUGUGAAGUUUCAUACAUCAAAUCCUUCGGGAAGAAAUAGUUUUCUUGUUUGGGUGACUUGCUUCUUCCGGCAAUUUGGACAUUCAGUGGUUCGUGCUGAUUACCUAACACUCCGCAUGGGCUUCAUCACGAAUCACCACCUUACAGAUAAAUAUGAUUUCCACAGCUAUAUGAUUCGUUCUAUGGAAGAGGAAUUCCAGAGGAUAGUUGGUGUGAGAUUACUGGCAAAGCAGUGUUUAGCAUUCUUUCAAGGUCUGGCUCCUCUCCAAUACUUAAGUGCACCACUGUGGGGAUUUGUUAUUGCUUUUAUGCUGUUUAAUGUGAAAGGGUCUAAUCUUUAUUUCUGGAUAGCCAUCAUUCCUAUCAUUCUUGUGCUUCUGGUGGGUACAAAGCUACAACAUGUUAUUGCUACUUUGACAUUGGAGAAUGCAGGCAUCAGGGGAACAAAAUUAAGACCUCGGGAUGAUCUUUUCUGGUUCAAGAAACCAGAAUUAUUAUUGUACCUGAUCCAUUUUAUUCUGUUCCAGAAUGCGUUUGAGCUCGCAUCCUUUUUCUGGUUCUGGUGGCAGUUUGGGUACAAUUCAUGCUUUAUUAGGAGCCACUUUCUGGUCUAUGCCCGGCUGAUUUUGGGGUUUGCCGGACAGUUCCUCUGCAGCUACAGCACCUUACCACUUUAUGCGCUGGUUACCCAGGGUUAUUCUUCAAAAUGAUUGUGAGGAUGCAUGCUCCUACCACUUUGGAAAGUGAUUCGUUAGCGAAAAGGCUGUAACCCAGAGCCAUUUGUGCUUUGCAGUGUCCUGGGAGUGUAGUUGGUUCUAAUUUUUGAAAUGUAUUUUUUUGCACGAAGGGGCUGCCUUAAGUCUUGAACCCACAUCUUCAAGCCAGCACCUUGAGCUUUUACCUUUGCACCAACCAAGUAAUCAUUACUGAAGUGGUGAUUAAAUUGAGUUUUGGGAACAUACUUAGACUCUUAGGUUGUGAACAUGUGGUAAGUGCGGGAUAUUGUACCAUUGUAGGCAGAUUUCGGUUUACAUAACUCUUAACUGAUCCACAAAGAAGAGUUCAUUUGAAGGCCACAUAUGAGCAUAAGCCACAUGCUGUUGAUCUAGUACCUUUACUACCUAAUAUGUGAUUUUGAAGGUGUUGAUGCCAAACUACCGAAGGUGCAGUCAAUUGGAAGAGUAAUUAGCAGUAUAAGUUCUAAUGCAGUGCUAAUCCCGAACCAGUGAGAGAUCAGCUUCCAACAGGAUCACAUGUAUAUGGAUAGAACAAGGUUUGAGGGAAAACCAGAUAUCUCAAUUUAAAUAAUACUGAUCAGCCUGAAAUUCUAGCUGAAUCAACAAUGCACACAGUAUAUUGAGUCUUUAA